AUACCCGGAAACAGAAGAAGGGGAGGGUUUACCUGCAUGGUGUUGGUGUACACAGCCAUAGAAGCACCACUGCACCUGUUCCUCUUCCCAGACUCUCCCCUUUCUCUCUCUCUCUCGCUCUCUCUCACUUGUACUCCAGACAGCAUAUCAAAAGGGAUCAGAAAGGGGUCAACAUGGAUCCCAACCAGGCCAUUCAGCUUGAAAGAGACUUUGGAAAGGGAGACAAGAAAGAAAAGGAUAAAACCAUUAAAAGAAGAAAUAGACCUUUUCUAAGAUACCUGGAGAGGAGGAGGACAGAUACUAUUGUGGAUGAUAGUGAUUGUAAAGGUGACAUCAACAUCGGGACUUUGGUGAGAAGGAGCCAAUCUGACAAAACAGAGUACAGUGCUAAACUUAAAGAAAAAAUGACCCCCCAUGAUCUCUCAUCACCUACCUCUCCGAACAUGGAUCCAGAGGAGAUCCGGCACAGGAGGAUGAUAAAGCGGUCAAAGGUCAUUGAGGAGCUGGUUAGGACAGAAGGAGAUCAUCAGAAGGACUUGGAUCUCUGCAUAAGAGAGGUUCUGCUUCCUCUAAGAGAAGCUCAGGUGGUGGACGUGGAUCGACUAUUCACCAACUUUGAGUCUGUGUGUGAUGUUUCAGCUGAGCUGCUUCACAGGCUGCAACAAGCCAUAGCCGAACCUGACCCUGAAACACAACUUAUAGGAGAAGUGUUUAUUCAGGCCAAAUCUGUCAUGGAGGAUGUGUACAAAAUUUACUGCUAUCAUCACGACGAGGCUAAUUCUUUACUCAACUCUUACGAGGGACAGGAGGACAUCCAGCAGCAUUUUAGGAGAUGUAUAGCAGCACUCAAGCAAAUAUAUGAUCAAGAAGGAAAGCCCAAUUUGCUUGAUAUGGGCUCUCUGCUCAUUAAACCAGUACAGCGUAUCAUGAAAUACCCUCUGCUAUUGGCUGAAUUGUGGAAUGCCACACCAACUGACCACCCUGACAACAGGCCCUUACAAGAAGCGCUGACCACUACAAAGAUUAUAAACAUCAACAUUAAUGAGUUCAAGAGGAGGAAAGACAUUGUGCUUAAGUAUAAGAGAUCUGAUGAUGAAACCUCACUGAUGGGCAAACUCAAUAAGUUCAACAUUCACUCAAUCAGGAAAAAAUCUGACCGGCUAACAAGCUAUUUCAAGAUUCUCACCGGUGUUGAGCCACAGGUAAGAGACGAAGGGUUUGACAGGGAAGAAAAGAUGUUCCGUAGCCUUGAGAAAGCUGUGAGACAGCUAGUGAAAAACAUCAACUGUUACUUACUCUUCACUCAGGAAAUGAUAUCCAUUGCAAUGCAGAACACACAGGACCUGGAAGCUAUAAUGAAGGAUCCCGACAAGAUAGACACAAAUGGCUUUCAGGCAAAGAAAAAUGGCAAUGACCCAUACAAAAAGUUUAAAGAUCAUAUGGAGCUCCUGGUUUUGGCUCCACUCUCCACUCUGCUGGGGAUGUUUGCCUCACCCCAGAAGCUCAUUCAGAAGCGUUAUGAUAAACUGUUGGAUUAUUGCAGCCAACUGGAUUCCCGAUCCUCUAAAGAGGAACAGGGCCAGGCCAAAAAAGACUAUGAGGCCCUCAAUGCCCAGCUUCUUGAGGAGCUGCAAUUCUUCAACCAAGCUGUAAGGACAGUCCUCACCAACUGCUUGAUUUGUAUAGUGAAAUUAAUAAGAGGGCUGAUGGAUGAAGCCCAACCACCCGUCCAACAGUUACCGGUUCCCUUGUCAAACUUCAGUGAAGUCCAAAAUUCUAUUAUGGAGGAGCUGAGCAACCUAGCUUUUGUCAAUGAAAAUUCCCAAAAGCUGAUGGAACGCAAAGUGAGCUUUGAGAAGCGAGACAGGAAAAUGGCCCCAGAGAUCCCCAGACAAACAGAGGAACACAGAGCCCGGCUCCUGGAGGAGUAUGUGGUGGAUCGGCUAUACCAGCUGAAGCGUAACUGCAAUGCCUGUCAAGAACAAGACAUCAGCCUGCUAGAGGGAGAGCUUGUUGCUUUGUUGGAAGAGACAGACCCUAUGGGCAGCAGUAGUCGCUGGCUAGUAGAUACUGGAUGUACGCAAGGCUAUGUGUACUCUUCAUUCCUAAAAGCCUACAACCCCCAGCGGGAGGUGACCGAGAGAACGGAUGACUUUGACAACUUGAGUCUGUUCGUGUCAGGCAACAGGAGCAGCAGAAGCAGUAGUAUGCGUAGCUUCAGUCAGUAUAGCACUUCAGACAGUACGUCCCCUUCUACUGAACCACUGGACGAGCAGGACACCUCUGAGGACAACCACUUCUAUGCAGUUUACGCAUUCAAGGCACGCUGUGAUAAAGAGCUCACACUUGAAGAGUACCAGCACGUUCGUAUUCUUCAGUUUUCAGACCUCGGUGGUAACAAAGACUGGUGGCUCGCUGAAGCUAACGGACAGAGAGGCUACGUUCCUGCAAACUACCUUGGAAAAAUGUCAUACGCCUAAAAUCAACCUUACUUGCUUAUUUUUAUAUCAAUAUUAAUGUAAUUUAAAUAAAGACUGUAUUUUAAAUUAAAUAUAGACGAUAUUUAAACUUAAUUAUGAAGGUCAACCCAGCACAGAUUUUUGCACUACAUUAUGAUGCUACCAACAGUGUUUGCCUAAACUAUAGUCAUUGUUACUGAGACAUUGUUAUUAAUCAGAAAAUAUAUUUUGUAAAAACAGAUGAGAAUCACUAAUUAUUGUAUAUAGUAAUAAUAAUAAUAAUAAUAUAUAAAAGCUUAUGAUAUAAAUUAAUAAAAUAUUCACAAUCAUGUAGUUG